UUUCACAAACAAUGUCAGACGCAAUGUUCAAGCUUCCUAUUCUUGCACUUCUGUGCUUGGUUUAUGCCUCUUCGGAAGAGCUUGAUUUUUUCAGUGAUUGCGUAGAUGAAGUAGAACAAAGGCAAUAUCCUGGGCAAUGCGUAUUCGUACCAUCUGGGUGGCUUGGCUCAAGUACGUACCGAAAUUUCGCCCACCGUGUAUUGUCAAAUGCCACACUUCAACCUGCUGCUGGCAAUCUCAACACGCUUCUUGAAGUUACGCGAGCAGCGACGCACGUAUAUGAAGGCAUCGUGGUAAGAAUUGAGUUCACCACCAUCGAGAGCUCCUGCGCCAGCUCACAUGCCUAUUCUAUGGAGCAGUGUUCACCCCGAGGUAGUACGGUGAACGGGCUAUGUCAAGCCAGGUUUCGUUACGCUGGUGACCUGACCAUGGAAUAUGCGCAGUGUAAUUCACUGAAAUAAAAAUACUUUAGAAAGUUUUCGGUAAUAACAGAAG